AUGGCGCUGAACAGAAUUGUUUAUAUGAAGGAUCUUGAAAAGAAAAUGCACUCCCAAGUUCACUGUAGCAUUAUUCACAAUAACCAAGAUAUGGAAACAAUUUGUGUCAUUCCACAGAUGAAUGAUGAAGAAAAUGUGAUCACCCUUUACGAGGACCGGGGCUUCCAGGGCCGCCACUACGAAUGCAGCAGCGACCACCCCAACCUGCAGCCCUACUUGAGCCGCUGCAACUCGGUGCGCGUGGACAGCGGCUGCUGGAUGCUCUAUGAGCAGCCCAACUACUCGGGCCUCCAGUACUUCCUGCGCCGCGGCGACUAUGCCGACCACCAGCAGUGGAUGGGCCUCAGCGACUCGGUCCGCUCCUGCCGCCUCAUCCCCCAGGCCAGCUCCCACAGGCUCAGGAUCUAUGAGCAAGAGGAUUAUAGGGGCCAGAUGGUGGAGACCACUGAGGACUGCUCCUCUCUUCACGACCGCUUCCACCUCAGUGAGAUCCACUCCUUCAAUGUACUGGAGGGCUCCUGGGUCCUCUAUGAGCUGCCCAACUACUGGGAGCGGCAGUACCUGCUGAGGCCGGGGGACUACAGGCGGUACCUUGACUGGGGGGCCAUGGAUGCUAGAGUGGGCUCCCUGAGGAGAACUGUGGAGCUCUACUGA